GAAGCAACAAGGCGUGUGUUCAAAGCCUGUGUCUUUGCUUCGUUCUCUCCUACACGGGUAGACUCGUGUGCUGUCUGCGACACACUCACUUUACGACACACACAAACAAGACACAUGAAUGUGUAAUAUGUGUUUGUUUUCUCCUUAAGAGUCUGGCUGACACUGAUGUAGAGAAACUUUCUUUCAAAACAUUAACUAGAUAAAUUGAGUCAAUUACAGCUAUAUUAGACACUACGCUAUAGCUUUAUGUAAUACACUCUUUAUGUUUUGCCCUUGUCACAAUAACAAAGUCUUCAGUUGGUGUGGACUCUACUUUCUUGAAUGGGAAUACAAUUUUUGAAAUGGAUUUAAACUCAAACAGCCUCUGCAGGUAAUCAUGCUGCUACUUGAGGUAUCGGUAACAACGAUUACUUGAAGACGAUACUUCUAACGGACCUUUUUCGGGCCUCAAAUCAGGAGCAAGUUUUUGUGCAUGGAGAGGCAGGCGUCUGGGAGUGACCGUUUGGAUGCGGUCAUCGACCUGAUAGGUGCACACACCACGGACAUCGUACCUAUUGACCUUCACGUGGACAAGCUCAGUUACACAGUGACCGAUGUCCCGGGUAGCUGGUGGCAGAAGAUCACAAACAUUCAGAUGCCCUGGGAAUGGAUGGAGAAAGGCAAAACAACGGAGGUUCUCAAAGAUGUCAGCUUCACCGCCAAAAGUGGUCAACUGAUGGCCGUCAUGGGAGGAUCAGGAAGCGGCAAAACAUCGCUACUAGACGUUCUGGCCUGCCGGACAUCAUCCGGGGUGGUCACUGGUGACGUGUACUUAAACUCCGUGGUCCGAACGAAAGCCAUCUUAGACUCUUGUGCCGGAUACGUCCGGCAAGAUGACCGCCUGAUUGCUUUUCUGACCGUCCGAGAAACUCUGAUGUUUGUUGCCCAGCUCAAGUUGCCCAGGACCUUCAACAGGGCAAUGAUUAGAAAUAGAGUGGACCUCGUCAUUGCCGAGCUCGGUCUCACCCAAGCCGCGGACACUAAAGUUGGCAAUGACUCCAUUCGUGGCCUGUCCGGGGGAGAGAGGCGGAGAGUGAGCAUUGGAAUUCAGCUUCUGAUUCUACCAAGUGUUCUCUUCUUGGACGAACCCACAUCUGGGCUGGACUCUUUCACUGCCAACAGUAUCAUCAAAACUUUGUCUAGAUUGGCAUCGAAGCACAGAACAAUCAUCAUGUCCAUCCACCAGCCCAGAUUUGAUAUCUUCACUACAGUGGACACCAUGAUGCUAUUGUCCAAAGGAAGUAUUGUCUUCAAUGGUCCAGCUAAAGAGAUGGUCAACUAUUUCACAAGCCUGGGCUAUCCGUGUCCAGAGCACAUGAAUCCAUGCGACUAUUAUAUUGACCUGACGACCGUGGACAACACCUCCCCUGAAAGGGAAGACAGAAGCCUGGCAGUAGUUCAACGACUACACGAAGCCUUUAAGUCUAAACAAGAGGAACAUACGGUGGUUGACCUCAACAAACAGGAAGCUAUUGAUACAGAUGUACUUAAGGGUCCUGCUCGGUGGUCAAAGGUUUUGUUUGACACUCUGCAAGGCAAACGUGUGACAGAGGAUGACACUCUGCAGAAUCUCAUUGACGCCAUGGAGAGACAGAGAGCAAGCCCUGGGCUAGUGAUACAAUUCUUCAUCUUAUUCAGGCGUUUUAUCCGAGUGACCCUAGACGACUAUCUGGCCCUCCUCACUCACGUGAUACAGGCCUUGCUGAUGUCUCUGCUGCUGGGGUUGGCCUACAUCAGCCUCAAGCUGGACCAAGUGUCCAUCAGAGAUUGGUUCGGCGUGAUGUUUAUGAUGAGCGUGAUGUACCCGUACAUGGUCAUCCUGGGACUUAUCGGCACGUGCCAUGAAGAGAGACGUUUUAUUUAUUUUGAACUUCAAGACAAACUCUACCACCCGGCAGCCUUGUACUUCGCCAAGGUACUGAGUGAUGUCCCUUUCCAUCUAGUCUAUGUAUUGAUCUACAUUAUACCACUCUACUUUAUGGCGGGGCUUUCAAUGGACGCCUAUACUGUGUGCAUGUUUGCGCUCUUCGUUGGCGUCUCAGUGUUUACGUCUCGUUGCCUAGCAAUGAUGUCGGCAGCCAUCUUGCCCACCUAUCAGAUCGCCAGCUUCUUCUCUCAGACCUUGUUCUCCCUGUUUAUAAUGAGUGCUGGCUUCUUGAUCAAUUUAAGGAACAUUAUUUCGGAAACUCGCUGGAUCUCUGACCUCUCCUACCUGCGGUGGGGCUUCCAGGCGCUCUGUCUCAUAGAGAUAAAGAAUCUGAAGUUCCAGUGCGACGAAAAGAGCCCCAGCUGUGUUAAAGACGGGAACGACGCCCUGCUCACUUACGCCCUCGAAGGCGGGGAGCUUUGGCAAUGCGCCCUGGGCCUUGGUGGCACUAUGAUCUUCUUCCUGAUCGUCAUGUUUCUGGGCCUUCGGUUCGUCCCACAGAAGCCUCACAACGAGUAGAGACCCCACUUGCAGGAGAAUACCAGUUGACCGCUGGUUGACCGCUGACCUGUUUGGGCAACAAUCACAUUGUUAUACAAGCGUCCAUCCUGCAGCCUGUUAACUACGAAUCGACCAACUGCGCAAGCGAGGACACCUUGAAGCACAGGAUUGCACAACUAUUGGAUCCAGCGGUCUUACCAAGCAACCUGUUUAAAACGAUGUUAUGACGACUGACGUCUGCACAGUCUGAACAUCAACUAGACUAUUUAUAGACUUUAUCUAAGGGACAUGACAAUAUCUCGACUUAACGUAGUAAUAGGUCUAUAUUUAUGUCAAUUAUAUGUUAUUUAUUAAUUUAAGAGGAUACUAAUUGUUUUAACUUAUUUUACCAUUUCCUAAUACUUCAAUUGCAAUUACACAUUUUUAAAAAAGUUAACUUCCAAUAAAAUGAAUGUUUGAUUUACAAUGUCACUAAUGUGAAACGGGCUAAUGGACAGGCCCUAACCAAAGAACACGAGACCACCACGGCACUGCUCUAGAUUGACCAUUCCUUAAAUAGUAAAGAAAGGGGCGCUGCACGAUUACCUCAAGGCAAUGGCAUAGCAUCCAUGGCGCAAAUGAUUUUAACUCUUUCUCUCCGUAAUUAUUUACCACAUUCUGGUGGAAUCAACGUUGGUAUCGUCAUUUAGGAGAGAAAGAGUUAAUGAACCCGGGCCCACGACCAUUAGGGAUCGACAGCCUGUGACUUAACGGCCAUGGCAAGUGAAGGUUUCAUUGCGUUUCGGUCCUUGGCUCGUAAGCAAUAGGGACCCUCUUUGCUGAUUUCAUCUACUUGCAUUCGAGUAACUUUUGGUAAAUAUACAAACUACUCUAUUUUUUUUUUUGUGUCUCACACUAAAUUUGUCUUAUUGGGGGAGGGCCACCAUUAUAGUUUUUCGACCCGGGUACCUUGCUACGCCACUACCUCGAGAGCGACCUACAAAAACAGGCUUGGGGUAUAAUGGAAUUGACAAGGACUAUGCUGAGAAGAUAACGUCCAAUUGACAACUCAAGAAUUUUUAGUGAGUCCUUCACAAGUGACGUUCUUAAUGAUAAUUAUUGUAAGCAACGUAAAAGAAGGUAUCAGUCUCUCUCUUGAUAUUGUGAUAGGCUUUGCCCAUUCUAGUUGUUGAUGGCUGUCUGACUUCGAUAGUUUAUUCUGGAGGUGUCUGCGUUUCUUGUACUGGCGCAUUAGAUGCACUCGGCUAACAAGUAACAAGAUCUACGCUUGUAACAAGUAGAAGAAGUACAUACCGUUACUCAAGCUCAACUGAAGUUUAAUACUAAAAAUGCCACAGGGGCGUAGCUAGGAAUUUUCCAUCGAUUCGGGGCCCGGGGGGGGGGGGCUUGACCUCUUUGGGGCCCCUGCAUUUUGCGUAAUAUUUAAUUUUUAAUGUAAAAAAAAUAAUGGGGGGGGGCCCUCAUUUGGGGGCCCGGGGGGCAUUUUCAAAUUAUCCCCCUCCUCCCCCCAUCCUUGCUACGCCACUGCGCAGUCGAGUCUCUGUCCGUAAUAUGAAGUUAUCCUUUCGAAGUCCUAACACCAACUGACUAUAUUUACAUUAGUAAUCUAGAACACAACUAAGCCGUGACGUCACUACAUGUCGCGUUCAAAGUCCGUCAGCUAUGGUGCGUCUCUAUACUGACUAAAUGUCUAACAAUACUAACUGUCUAACAAUAUCCUGCUAAGAGCGGCUGCUGACCGGAAAUUGGGGGGAUUUUGUUACGCGAACCGUCGCAGCACACUUAUGAUGCCAAUCAAGGGACGGAUGAUAAUGAUCAAACAACUUCAUUCGAUAUGCAACAUUCCUGUCCCUUAUUAUCUUUAUAUUGUUACUGUUGUCCACUAUGACUACACGUUCCCAUCUCCCACUAUAUAACAUGUUCAUUACUUCAUUAUCCCGUCGGCCACUCAGGGCCGUCUUUAGGCCAAUUGGACCGAUUGCCCCAAAUACGGCCCCGCGCCAGGCUGGGGCCCUGCAAUUUACUUUUAGCUUACCUCUAUCAGUAAUAGAUCUUGUCCCAAGCUUUUAAAGAUGUAAAGGGUUAACAUAGUCAGUGUACUAUAGAGGUACAUUUAAUUUACUCGUAUUGCUUUUGAGUUGCUUCUUAAGCAGAUCUAAUUAAUAGUAAUAGUUGUUACUGACAAAUAAAAUAUAGAAGAGGGGUCACGCAAGCAUCCAUUAAAUCCGGCCCCGCCUUCUUAAGGCAGACCCUGUGUCCACUAUAUAACAUGUUUCAUUACUUCAAUAUACCAUCGUCCACUAUAAAACACAUAAAACAUUUUGUUGAUUAAUUUAAAAGCCUGUCAAUGAGAUUUGCAAUGUUUCUAAUGUCAAUAUAUGUGUGCAACUUGACAUGUGUAUCAAACAGUUAAACUGUGUAUAAUUUUUGUUAUUAAACUGGACUAGUCUGUGAUGUGUACAUAUUUUUAUAAAGCUUUUAUCAACUCA